AUGAAUCUAACAAUAGAACAAAUUCGAGUUAUGAUUUAUUAUGAUUACAAAAAACAACUAUCACAAGAUGAAUGUCUUGAAUCAUUACACAAAACCUUUGGUGACUCUUGUGUUUCUCGUGCCACAGUUUACAAUUGGUUUGCUGAAUUCAGUCGCGGCAGGGAUCACUUUGAAGAUAAACCUUGUGCUAGUCGACCAAGAACUGCAGUCACUCCAGAAAACAUCGAAGCUGUUCGUGAACUGGUAAACAUUGAUCCUCAUAUUACGUGUCAACAGAUAGAAGACACUUUACAGAUUGGAUCGGCAUCAACUGAAAUUAUUCUUCAUGAUUAUCUUGGUUUACAAAAGUUACAUGUCAAAUUCAACGGUGGUAAGUCAAAACGUGUGUAUGAUAUUAUCACUGGUGAUGAAAGUUGGUUCUACUAUUAUGAUCCACAAACGAAGCGUCAAAGCCAAGUUUGGGUGGCAAGCAAUGAUCCUCAUCCAACUAAAUCCGGUUUUAAUACAAUCAUUUCUCUUGAAAAUGGUAAAACAGUUACAGCUAAGUGGUAUGCAAAUGAAUGCCUUAUACAAGUGCUCAAACAAGUGGAGAAACAUCGACGUUUCAAUGGUCUUCUUAUUCAUUAUGACAAUGCACCUGCACACAAGGCAGCACUAACAAUGGAAUAUUUAGAUACUCAACACGUCAAACUGAUGGGUCAUCCAACAUAUUCAACAGACCGAAGUCCGUGA